AUGGUGUCCGAAGGAAAUGCCCAACACGGUCCUGCUGGCCAUUGGAGCGCCGCCAAUCCAAUUCUUACCAUUCACAAACUCGUCGAGAACCUCGACAAGGACAAGAGAGAACGAGACAAGCGGAUCGAUGAGGAAGUCAAGCGUAAACAGCAAGAUGCCAAAAAAGAGGGCAAGUCUGCCGAUGAAGAAGCAGCCAACGCGCAAAAGAAAGGAACCCGUAAGGUCACGGAUCCAGUGACGGGCAAAGAAAUCGAGAUUGAGGAUGUUCAGAAGCAAUAUUUGGAAGAGUCCAAGAACCCUAAGCUUACUGUUCCAAAUGCGAAUUUGAACAAACCGACGGAUAUUAAAACGGAUCCGAACCAGGAAUUCUCAGAAUACAGACAUAACCAAGAUGUCACUGCCCCCCCAGAGCCCGUAGCCCAAGGCACCACUUCCGAUGUCCCUAUCCACGGCGAAAGUACGAACAUUCUCUUCCAUCCUACCCCUUCGAUCACCUACAAGCCAAUGUUUGAGGACAUUGAAAAACGUGGCAAUGGUCUAGUAGCCGGCAUAUUCCUCGCUAUCAUUAUAGUCGGUCGUACGUUUGGCGGUUCGCUCUGGGGACUUAUACCUCUUGCUGUCUGCGUAGCAUCAGGGGUGUAUCUCUGGAUCAAGGAAAUUAUACGCAGUGGACGAGCAGCUGAAUGGCGUAGUGAACAGCUCCGAGGAGAAACGGCAACUGCAAAUCUCCUCCCCGAGUCGGUAGAGUGGUUGAAUGCAUUUUUGAGUAUAACCUGGGGUUUAUUGAAUCCCGAUAUGUUUGCUAGUGUUGCGGAUACCAUUGAAGAUGUCAUGCAGGCUUCAGUACCCAGUGUCAUUGAGAAUGUGCGCGUUGCUGAGAUUGAUCAGGGAAACAACCCAAUCAGGAUUCUCAGUAUCCGAUCCCUACCCGAUGAGCACGUGGGAAAUUUGAAGCAGAACGUGCGUGAAGAGAAUAAGGUAAACAAGGACCCUCAAGAGGCCGUUGCUGACGAGGAAGGAGGUGACUAUUACAAUUUCGAAAUAUCUUUUGCAUACCAUGCCAAACCCACUGAAGGAACUACUUCAGCAAGAGCACGCAACAUGCACAUGCAAAUUGUCUUCUAUCUGGGAAUCAAGGGUCUCUUCGGCAUACCUUUCCCAAUCUUUGCUGAGUUGAUUGAGCUUAUUGGUACCGUUCGCGUGCGACUCCAGAUGACUCCUCAACCUCCCUUUGCAAAAUCUCUGACCUUCAGCUUGAUGGGGCUUCCACACGUACGUGCCGGUUGCAUUCCUCUGGUCAAGCGAGGAGUGAACGUCCUGAAUCUGCCGUUGAUUUCCAACUUUGUCAACUAUGCCAUCGCAGCAGCUGCCAGUCUAUAUGUGGCACCCAAGUCCAUGUCUCUGGAUUUGAGUAUGAUGCUCAAGGGUGAUGAUAUACAGAAGGAUACCUCAGCGCUGGGUAUCUUCUGGAUCCGUAUUCAUCGAGCAAUCGGCCUCAGCAAGCAGGAUCGUAAGGGUUCUGAAGGCGGUGGUAGCGACCCUUAUAUCAACCUGUCAUUCUCCAAAUAUGGCAAGCCGAUGUACUGUACUCGUGUCAUCACGGACGAUCUAAAUCCUGUCUGGGAGGAAACAACAGCAUUGCUGGUUACACCAGAGUUGAUCAAAGCUGAUGAGCAGCUCAGUGUUGAGCUUUGGGAUUCAGAUCGUAACUCUGCGGAUGACAUUGUUGGAAAAGUGGAGCUUUCCAUUCAGGAAUUGAUUCAGCAUCCUGGCAAAAUGUACCCUCAGGUCUCGAAAUUGCAAGGCAUGGAUGAGGGAAGCAGCAUGCCUGGUGAAUUGCACUGGGAAGUUGGCUACUUUGGAAAACCGCGAGUGCGACCUGAAUUGAAAACGGAUGGAAAGGAUCCAGAGCUUCCAGACACUCUCCGAGGUGAACCUUCACUUCAAGAUGAGAAAGGAGUUAUCAAUACCAAAGAGGAAGAGGCGAUCACUAGCACCCCGCCCGAUCCCCUCUGGCCUAGUGGCAUAUGCAGCAUUGUUGUCCACCAGAUUGUUAAUCUGCAGUUGGAAAAUAUUUAUGGAAGCCAUGGUAAUCGUAAAGGCAGGGAAUAUGAACCGGCAAAGCCAUAUGGAGAGCACACGGAAGAACAGGGCAGGGACUUGCCCACCAGUUAUUGCACGAUCUUGCUUAAUGACCAAUUGGUUUAUCGAACUCGCGCAAAGGCAGUCAGCAGCAAGCCUAUCUUCAAUGCAGGAACAGAACGAUUCGUACGUGACUGGCGCUCUGCAGUAGUCACAGUGACUGUCCGUGACUCACGACAUCGUGAGCACGACCCAAUCCUCGGUGUGGUUUGCCUGAGACUAUCCGACUUGAUGAGGACCUCGUCCCAAGUGACGCGUUGGUAUCCACUUGAUGGAGGAAUCGGCUUCGGCCGUAUCAGAAUCUCUCUGCUCUUCCGAAGCGUGGAAACCAAGCUUCCUCCGAAUAUGCUUGGAUGGGACGUUGGUACCUUUGAGUUCCCGGCAAACCGUAUAGCAUUGAAAAAUUAUGGACAUGCUGCUAAGAUUCGGUUGCGAACUGGUGGCAGCACCGGGAAAAUACCACGAUCUGCUUGCAAGAGUGACGGAAACGGAGGACAAUAUAUCGAGUUUUCAGACUCUGUAAUAUCACCACGCUUACCAGUCAAGUACCGCUACCGCUCACCGGUUGUAUUUGAAUUCCAUGUCGCAAGCAAGCGCGGUGCUGCAGCAUACGCCGUUUUGUGGUUGCAGCAUCUCGUCGACAACGAAGAGACGCAGAUUGAUAUACCAAUCUGGACAAGCAAACGCCCCAGCCGCUUGAUUCAGAACUAUAUCACGGAAGAAAACUACAAAUCGCUCAACCUGGACUGUUUAGAGGACUUGACCGAAGUUGGUCGACUUCAAUUCACAGGUAUAUUCUCAGCUGGCAUGGACGAAUCCCACGAGAAAUUCGCCAUAGAUAACAACUCGCGCGAGACAUUCGAAACAUGGGAAGCAUGCUUAGCCGAAGGCGUUCGCGGCCGUCGUGUCGUAGCCCAUACCCCAGAAAACAUCCAAGAACUCCACGAGAAAUCUCUAGUAUCAGGCCGCGAUGUCCUCCGCGACAUUGAUCCCAAGGAACGUCAACGCUGGAUCAGCAGAGAUGGAAUUGACUGGAGCGGCUCAUUCGGCGAAGAUCCCAAAGAUCACAUCGAUGAACAACAACUGAGCCCGGACGGAUCCCGUAGUAAACAUUACACUUCCGGCGCUAUUGAUUCUCACGGCCGUGCCGCAAGUGAUGAUGACUGUAGUAGUGAUACCACCGCCUCUGGUGACGAGAAUAUCACCGCACCAUCUAUCCAGGAUCAUGCCAGCUCCAACGACUCACAACCACAGUUAUCCAAAUCGGGUAACAAGGCUAAUAGACGUACCGAGCAAAGACAACAACGUGGUUUGAUGCAGUGGAAACCAGCUCGAAAUGCCCUGUUUGCAAAGGAUGAGGCCACUUUUGCGCUCAGGAAGGCGAAGAAGAAAUUUGGUAUGGGUGAUUUGACGGGCCGUGAGCCUGAUGUUGAGACUGAGACGGGUUCUUGAUUAGGUGGGAGUUCUCUAUUUCUUUACGGAGCAAGUUGGUUUUUGUUUUCCCUUUUUCUUUGUAAGGAUAAUGUGACAUGAUUGUAUUUAUUAUAGGCUGAUAACGAAUAUUGUUUAACUUUGAAUAUGCUCAUUUUGUCUAUCUACCAUGAUAUAACACACCACGCCUAUAAUCCAUCCUCUAUACCUACACCUAGAUCCCUCACUCAGACCUAACAAUAUACUUCUUCAAUCCCCUCAACCUCUCCUUAGCCGUCUCAAGAACAUGAUCCUCCUUACAAACCGCAAACCGCAAAUAAUCCUCCGCAAUAUGCGCAUUUUCAUCCGUAUAAAACUCCGUAGGCGGGAUUGCCGCUACCCCGACUUCCUUGAUUAAGAACCAAGCCAGUUUGAAAUCGCGAGGUCGGUGGGCUACGUGUGGUGGGAAGGGGUAGUCUUGGGGAAGUUUGACGGAGGACAUGUUUGCGAGGACAAAGUA